AUAAAAAAAAUACUGUGACAUAUUAUUUGAGUAACAAUUAUCUAAAAAAAUAUAUAAAUUGACUUUUGAAUCAAUUCAAAAAUAUAUUGUUAAUAUAAUUUUGAUAUUGUUAAUAUAUUUUAAAAAAAUAAAAAAAUAGUACUAAUGAUUCUAAGAUGAUUAAUAUCAUUUUUUAUUUUAUAAAAUAAAAAUUAUUAAUUUUUGAUUUUUUCAGUAAAAGACUGAGAGUAUUUUCGUCCAAAUAAAAAAAAACCACUCCUAGAUAAUAAUAAUAAUAAUAAUAAUAAUAAUAAUAAUAAAAGAACAUGACGGUGCAAUCCGAUAAUUAUAGUAAAAUGUAAAGUUUCAAAAGAAAAUAGUAGAAAAAGAAAAUGUAGGGAAAAAAAAGAAAAGAAAAGAAAAGAAAACCACCGGCCUUCGAAUAGUCAACGAAACUUCAUGGCCUGAACUCACUUGGCACUUCCCAACAUUGGUUGCAAAUGCUUAGAUCGAGUAAAGCUACUCCUCAAAUUCUGAUCCUCUUUGUCUGUUGCUGCUGCAGAUUUUGCCAGGAUCUAAUGUAGAGACUUUGGUGGAGCUGACAAAUCCUUGAGUCCUCAUGGAUCUCACCAAAGGAAGACAAAUCCAAGUGUUCAUAAGCUUCCCUUGCUCUUUCAACCAGCUACAGGUGUCUCAGUUCAUCAUGCACUCAAUCUGAGUCUUCUCCUCCUCCCAUCUCUCUCUCUCUCACACGCAAGUUACCAUGAGAUCCUCUGCCACCCAUCAAUGUCUCCUUCAAAUGCCACCGAACCCUUCUUCUUCCUCCUGCGUCUAGUCCUUCUGUGCCUCCCGGCCGCCGCUUCACCUUUCUCCACCGUCGCCAUCUCGCAGUCGUCCAAUGUCACCAUCGUCUGCGCGCUCGUGCCGUCGCCCGUGGCCUACCGGUACGAACUGAAUUGCACCAGCGCCUGCACCCGGGAGCAGCGGUGGUACCCGGCCGGCCGCACGCCUUACGCCGCGGUCGCCGCGGGCAAUGGCUUCCUCUGCGGCCUCACCCUGCCAGCCCACCGCUCCAACGCUACCAUGCGGUGGUGGGCGCUCCCCGCCCAUGGAUACGAGGACUACGAGAAGCAGAUCUACCGGGGGCCCCCGCUCGCGGCGCUCGCCUCCGGCGACACGCACGUCUGCGCCCUGAUCGGCAACGCGCACCGGCCGCAUUGCUGGCGGUGGGGCGAUUUGGUCAUCCCCGAAGGGGUGAACCUCUCCGAGAUCGCCGUCGGGCGGGACUUCGUCUGCGGGCGACUCGGCUGCGGGGCGAUCCGCUGCUUCGGGAACGACACGGCAGUCGUCGGGAGGGAGCCGAACGGGAGCUUCAGCAUGGUCGCCGCAGGGACCCGACACGCCUGCGGCGCCUCCUCCGACGGCCGCCAGCUGACCUGCUGGGGCGAGGAGGCGCCGCAAGUGGAUUCGAAUCUCACCCUCGACAUCGUCUCCAUGGCUUUGGGGGAGAGCAAGACCUGCGUCCUGCAGUCAAACGGAACAGUCCUGUGCUGGGGGGAGGGCUCCCGGCCGCCGGACUCCCUCGCCGGCGAGCAAUUCGUCGCAAUCCAGGGCAGGGGCGACGCCAUCUGCGGCAUUUUGGCGAUCAACUUCUCGGUGGUUUGCUGGGGGAACGAGCUGUUCCGGCGGAACCACACCAUCUACCGCAGCGUCCUGCCCGGGACCUGCUCGCCUAUCUCGAGCUGUGGCUGCGGGGUGCUGCCGGGCUCCGGCACCAUGUGCCCCUCCGACGAGGGCAUCUGCCAGUCCUGCAAGUUCCAACUCAGCUCCAACUCCUCCAAUAGCUCGCCAUCAUCGCAACAAGCAAGCAGUGGUAGCAAAAGGAGAACACUGUUGUUGGUGCUAGGCACGGUGGGACUCGGCUUGGGCUUGUUGGCCUUAUCGAGCUUCCUUGUCUAUCUCGCUCUCAAGAGCCAGAGAAGUGGUCCGGUUCACCGCACGGUGUGGUGGAGACGAUGGAGGCGGCAUCCGGCGGCACCGCCUUCCCUGGCGGAGCUGCCUCUCGACAGCCGGCUCGGAGGCGGGACCGUCGAAGAGUUCUCGCUACAGUCUCUGUACGAGAUCACCGACAACUUUGCCGAGGCGCACAAGAUCGGAUCCGGUAGCUUCGGCGCGGUCUACCGCGCGACGCUGCCGGGCGGGCGCGAGGUAGCGAUCAAGCGCGCCGACGUCCAUGCGGCCGCGGCGCCGUCCGCGUCGCGGCGGCACGAGCAACUGCGGCGGUGGAGCGAGGAGCAGCGGGAGCGUGCCUUCCACUCCGAGCUGGCUCUGCUGUCGCGCAUCAACCACAGGAACCUGGUCCUGCUGCUGGGCUUCUGCCGGGAGCGCGGGGAGCGCGUGCUGGUGUACGAGUACAUGGCCAACGGCACCUUGCACGACCACCUCCACCGGCGGCCGAUAGUCCCGUCGUCGCCGCUGAGCUCGUGGGCCGCGCGGCUGCGGCUGGCGCUGGACGCCGCGCGAGGGAUCGAAUACCUGCACGCCUACGCCGUGCCGGCCAUCAUCCACCGCGACAUCAAGUCCACCAACAUCCUGCUCGACGGGGUGUGGACGGCCAAGGUGGCGGACUUCGGGGUGUCGCUGACGAGCCCCGACAACGAGGGGAGCGUCGCCGCCGGCACGGUGGGCUACAUGGACCCCGAGUACUACCGGCUGCGGCGGCUGACGGAGAAGAGCGAUGUCUACAGCUUCGGGGUGGUGUUGCUCGAGUUGGUGACGGGGUUCAAGGCCAUCCACCGGGCCCAGGAGGUGGAAGGUGGGGAAGGCAGCACGACGCCGCGGAACGUGGUGGAGAUGGCGGUGCCGUACAUCGAGGCGGACGACGUGGCGGUGGUGAUGGACAGGAGAAUGCCGCCGGCGUCUGCGGAGGAGCUGGAGGCGGUGGCGUACGUGGCGUACGUGGCGGCGGAAUGCGUGCGGGCGGAGGGGCAGGACCGGCCGACCAUGGGGGAAGUGGUCGGGGCCCUGGAACGGGCCGUCGCGGCCUGCGCCGACCGGGUCGAGUCCCGGUCCGAGCCGGGCGGCGGACGCAGGGCGUUGUCACGUGCGCCGAGCUUUAUGUAAUCUGCGUGAUAGAAAACGCAGCACAGAUAUAUCCCACGCAUUACUUUUUCUCUUUCUUUUUUGACUUAUUUUUCUCGGACUUGCAGCAUUUUUGAAAGGGUUAUGUGAUUGAUCAUCCCACAAAAACUACAUUCUUUCUCAUUGGUUCUUUUUUUUUCUUUUAUUCUUAAUAAAAUUAGUGAAAAUGUGUCAAGUUUGGAAAAAAAAUAAUAAUAAUAAGUGUUAAUUAUAUUUAUUAUAAUUAAUAUAAUAUAUCAUUUUCGAUCCUCAAUCUGAUUGUACCAAAAUGAUGUUCUUUUCCUCGAUCAGAGACCACAUCAUCUCUGAAACCCUACAGGGGUGACACAUCCAUCUGCCUUGUGGUCACCCAAUCCACAAUCCAUGUGAUGUGAACGACCACUCUGUCUUCUACCUUUUGGCCACCCCACCAUGAAUCAAGUUGGAUGCCACA